AUGUCUAACAUCCUAUAUAAUGCCAAUUCGAAGCUGGUAUCGAAGUACCAAAAGAAAUCCGUUCUUGCUACGACUGUGCGACCGCUUCUUAAUCAAGACAAACCGUUCCAAUGUGUGCACGCUAAGGAUUCUAGAGAGUAUUUGAUGGCUCUAUGUUGUGACAUAUAUCCGGCGGCACUGCACCCCACCAUUAAAAUAAUGUCGAACUGGGAGUUAUCUGUUCAAGCAUUGUUUUCCCUGUUUCUCAAGAAUUUCGUCAAGUCAUGGUACGGCGACAAGAUCCCUACUACAGAUGAUGAAUUGAUUGUUAUACUAUUUCAGUUGUGCAAUCGGCUUAUUAAACAUAUUGAUAGUAGCACUGUGGACUGGCUGCAAAUUCUAUGCAGUGAUAUCCCAUUUGUUUUGGAUAGGCAUUUCAAAAUCAUGUCGCGGGUAGUACAUGAAGACUUGAACUACUCUGACUUCCUACAAUUGUAUCUCUACAAGAAUCAAUAUCCCGGAUGCAUCGUGCAGAAGUUGACAGAGCCAUUGAGGAAUGAAUCUCGGUUACAACAGACGUUCUUAUCAGGCUUGGUUGGUGAUCUAUUGUUUGAUAAGGUUGCUAAUAAGGUAGCUGCACCUGUUAUACUACUCGAUAUUAUCCAAUCAACAUGUGACAAGUUAUUACAAGAAAAUGGCAAAACACAGGAAAUUCCAGCAUCUUCGUUAACGCUGAUUACUAGAAGCGAAUUACUAUUGAGGAAGGGAUCGCAUUUUGUUUCGUAUCUGACAUCGGCUUUUUCUUCCAAGACAUCACAAAGUACUUUACAUGGAAACCAACAUAUACCGUGCGCUCAUCUGUACUUGUUUACAUUCAUCAAAAAUAUCCUAUUAUUAGAUAGAAGGAAACCCGUAUUGUAUUCGUUAUUAAAACUAUGUCAGUCUACAGUGGACUCAUACAAUCCUUUAAACCAUAUGAUGGUAAAUUUUAUUAACAAUAUUAUUAACCAAAAAGUCUUGACCAGCUCUAGAGGCUUUGAGGCUUUGAAAUCCUUAAGACAUACAUUAUUCCCCAAUGACAACAAGCUGGGUCCUGAAAAGGUAGAACCUACAGAGGAAGAGAUGAUCAAACUGAGAUGUAAGUGUGUUAACUCUAUGUGGGACGUCUGUACUAAAUAUAGACUGUCAAAGUUCUUGGCUGUCACCAAACAGGACUUGGAAAUUUUUAUGGAAGCACUUUGUAAAGAUAUCAGAAUGAACCGAUUUUUGAUUUGUAGGCUAUCUGAAUAUUUGUUGACCCAGCUGGCGUAA